AUGGCUUCUACUCCUGUUCAACACUGGAACCUUGGGAUUGGGCCCAUAACAUGCCACGCAUGGAAUAAAGACCGAACUCGUGAGUAACUUUGCUCUGAAAAAAAAAUUAAUUAUUUUUCAGAAGUAGCCGUGUCUGCAGCCGGCAAUGAGAUUUUUAUUUUUGAAUGGAAAAACGGAGAAUGGGUAAAUAUGUUCACACUCUCAGAGCACGAUUUGCCGGUUACCGGACUCGAUUGGGGAGCCAAAACCAAUAGAAUAGUUUCUUGCUCCCAAGAUAAGAAUGCCUUUGUAUGGACCUUCGACAAAGGUCAUUGGAAGCCGGAGCUCGUCCUGGUGGGUACCUGUGAAGAUGAAGAUCCAUUGUAAAGUUGAGGUACGCUUUGAUCGUGCAGCAACUUGCGUCAGAUGGUCUCCUUUUGAAAACAAGUUCGCUGUUGGCAGCGGAGCGAAACUCGUCUCGGUUUGUUACUACGAAAAGGAAAAUAAUUGGUUUGGUGAUGCUCCUGUUGGGAUCAUCUCAAUCUCAAAUUACAGGUGGGUGGCGAAACAAAUAAAAAAGCCUAUCCGGUCGACGGUGAAUUGCAUCGAUUGGCAUCCUAAUAAUAUUUUGCUUGCCGUCGGCUCCUGUGAUUUCAAAACGCGAGUGUAUUCAGCAUACGUCAAAGAGGUAAUUUGCGAAUUUCUUCCGUUUCAGAAAGAAACGGCGAACAUAAUCUUUCAAAUAGGGAGCAUCACAGCUCAAUUAUUCAGCUUAUUUGUUCUCCCUAUUAAAAAUGUUUGCUUUUUUUGACCAAAAAUACUUUCUAAUGGUUCAAGGAUAGAUCAAAACUUCAAUCCAAGAAAAGAAGAUUUUGCCGAAAAUGCGGGAGUUUCAAAUUUUUGCGGUGCUCUUGCUCAUAAAAUUUUUGCGAACAUUGUUUCUGGGCCAAAUUUAAGAAAAAAAAAUAUCCGUUUUCUACCAAUUUAGGGAGCUGGAAUGAAGGCUAAAAAGGUCGAUGAAUAGCCACAGAUUUUCGUUCAUUAGUACAAUACCCUAUAAAUUGGCAGAAACAUCUGUGAUGAUUGUCUGAAAGGACAUAGGGGCACUACGUAGGAAGAUUUUUCUAUGUUUCCAAUUUGAUUUGAUUUAAGGUGGACGAAAAGCCGUCGCCAAACCCUUGGGGCUCGAAGAUGCCUUUCGGACAGCUGAUGACAGAGCACGCGGUGGGCGGCUGGGUCCACCGAGUCGCCUUUUCGCCCUCCGGAUGCCGUUUAGCCUACGUGUCCCACGACUCCACCAUCUCUCUCGUCGACGCCGGCAAUGUUGCUAUCUUUCUGUUUUCCUCAACUUUUCGUCUUCUUAGGAUAACUCUGUCGUUCACACUCUUAGAACGGUACAUCUCCCCUUCACCUCUGUAGAGUGGAUCACCGAAAACAGUCUCGUUGCAGCGGUAAGUGUGAAUAAAUGAACAUUUUCUUCCAAAUUAAGUUAUUUUUUAUGUCAGAAAGUGAUGCUACAGGAAAGAUAAGAAAAAGUUUAACCCAAAGUUUCAUUUUAGUGCUCUCAUCUCUCGUGUACGGUAGUCGUAAUAGGUCUGGAAAAAAAAAACCGGAGUUGUUUUUUUUUUCUCAAAAACUCGGUUCAGAAAAAAAUUUUGUUUGUUUUCCUGGGUUUGAGGGUUUGCCUGUAGUUGAGGGAAUUGUCGCGCUGAAACUCCAUAAUCGUGGUACAAUUUUUGCUGUGAUUUGAAUUAUCUGUUGAAGGGACAUGACUGCUCGCCGAUCCUCUUUGUAGUUACCGGGAACGAUCUGAAGGAAGUCUGCAAGCUGGACAUCCCGGCCAGCAACAAGACUUCGAACAUCAGCAGCGCUUUGCAAAUGUUUAAAAACAUCGACAGGCAUGUUUUUUUUUCAUUGAGCACUUGAGGAAUUUUUUUUCAGAAACGCGGCUUCGGAAAAGGUGGACAUUCACUUGAAGACUUUACAUCAAAACAGAAUAACGUGAGUGGAAUUUGGAGUUCAACGUGUAAUCCUCGUUUUGAAGUCAAAUUCUACCUCAUUCCGGCGCUCCAAGCAAAGUUCUCAAGUUCACAACUUGUGGAACUGAUGGUCUUAUUGCUCUGUGGGACCUCAAAGUAUGUGAAUUUGAUUCUCGUUAUAUCAUUUUUGAAAACAAAUUAAUUGAAUUUUUUGUAUAAUUAUACUUUUUUUAAAUCAGGAAACGAUAGAGUUUUGCAGGGUAUGUUUUUGUUUGUGAAAAUGAUUCCGAGUGAAUUAAUCAGGAUGAAGUCUAAUUGAUAUGCGUUUUUCAUUUAUCUUUCGUGAAAGUAAGGAAUGCAAAAAUUUUUAUUUCAAUCAAAACGAUUUGACUCGAUUAACAUGCAUGUUUUCAGCUCAAUUUAUCAUUUUUUCGAAUAAUUUACAUUUCAGAACCAUCCCGGCUUGUCAUCAUAA